AUGCAGAUCUUUGUGAAAACUCUGACCGGAAAGACCAUUACUCUCGAAGUUGAGAGCAGCGACACCAUCGAUAAUGUCAAAGCCAAGAUUCAGGACAAGGAGGGGAUUCCCCCAGAUCAGCAAAGGCUUAUCUUUGCCGGAAAACAACUCGAGGAUGGCCGUACCUUGGCUGAUUACAACAUUCAAAAAGAAUCAACCCUCCACCUGGUGCUCCGCUUGAGAGGAGGGAUGCAGAUCUUUGUUAAGACCCUCACUGGAAAGACCAUCACCCUUGAGGUGGAAAGCAGUGAUACCAUUGACAAUGUGAAGGCCAAGAUCCAGGACAAGGAGGGUAUUCCCCCAGACCAGCAGAGGUUGAUCUUUGCCGGCAAGCAGCUUGAAGAUGGCAGGACCCUAGCUGACUACAACAUCCAGAAAGAGUCUACCCUUCACUUGGUUCUCCGUCUCAGGGGUGGUAUGCAGAUCUUUGUGAAGACCCUCACUGGCAAGACCAUCACCCUUGAGGUUGAAAGCAGCGACACCAUUGAUAAUGUGAAGGCUAAGAUCCAGGACAAGGAGGGCAUCCCACCAGAUCAGCAGAGGUUGAUUUUUGCUGGAAAGCAACUUGAGGAUGGCAGGACCCUUGCUGAUUACAACAUUCAGAAGGAGUCAACACUUCACUUGGUGCUCAGGUUGAGGGGAGGCAUGCAGAUCUUUGUGAAGACUCUUACCGGCAAGACCAUCACCUUAGAGGUGGAGAGCAGUGAUACUAUUGAUAAUGUCAAGGCGAAGAUUCAGGACAAGGAGGGUAUUCCCCCAGACCAGCAGAGGUUGAUAUUUGCAGGAAAGCAACUGGAAGAUGGUAGGACUCUUGCUGAUUACAACAUUCAGAAAGAAUCCACUCUUCACUUGGUGCUCAGGUUGAGGGGAGGAAUGCAGAUUUUUGUGAAGACAUUGACUGGAAAGACCAUCACCCUUGAGGUGGAGAGCAGUGAUACAAUUGACAAUGUCAAGGCAAAAAUCCAGGACAAGGAGGGUAUCCCACCAGACCAGCAGCGGUUGAUCUUUGCUGGUAAGCAAUUGGAAGAUGGAAGGACCUUGGCUGACUAUAACAUCCAGAAGGAGUCCACUCUGCAUCUUGUCCUGCGUCUCCGUGGGGGUUUCUAAAUGACCUGUGGUGUCAAGUAGCUCUGUCUGGCCGUGAUGGAUCUCUGAAUGUCUCUGGUGUCAGAGUACCUGUUUCCAGCCAUGCUGGAUCUUGAAUAAAUCUGUCUGGCAACAUUGUCUUGCUUUUUUUGGAUUUCUGUUUUCAAACUUCUGUUUCUUUUUUCUUUGUUCAAAAGGACUGGUUGGCUGUGGAUGUUUGAAUUGCUUGUUUUGGGAAUGAAUCACGACUGUGUUUUGACAUUAUGUGAAUGAAUUUUCUUUUGCAUUAGUAAUAAUCUUGUAUCUCGUUGUAGUUAGUUUCUCCUAAUACUUUUCGGUUGAUUUGCCAUGCUCUUUCAAUAUGGUGGUAGUUCGUGAUACAUUUUAGUUCUGUGAUGCUCGCGUUGAGCGGCUUGCGCUUGUAUUUCUGUGCUUAUGAUGACUUUGGAAAGGAUAGAGAUUAGCUUCUCUCCAUUUUUCCCUUCCUGGAAAUGCUGAGAGCUUCGAUUAUGUCAGAAAUUCUGAUUAUUGGUGAUUUCCUUUCACCAUAUGUAUUCACUUUGACCAUAUCUUCUAGAGCUUAAACUUAGUGGCAAUCUUCAUUUUGUGGUUUUUCUGUGUCUUUUUUUUCUUUUUUCCUUUUUUUUUGGAAAAAAAAAGUAGUCAGUACAAUCAAAAUGCACGAGGAAACUCUGUCCUUAUUGUUCGAAACUAUGUAA